AUGGCGUUGAAUAGCUCCCGAACAGGGCACCUGCGCCGCGUUGAUUCCCCAGUGAAUCUAUCAUGGGUUCCUGUCGGGAUGGAUCCCAAUGCAGUUUGUAGACUUUCCAUUCAUAUCCUAGCCCAUGAGCAGCACGUGGAAAAUGGUAGACAUGAGUAUCAUGUUAGCAGCCAUAAGAAUUGGGUUCGCAACAAGGAUACAAUUUCGUGGAUGGAUUUCUAUGCUGACUUAGAUGAAGAGAUAAAGCAUGGUAGGAACCAAAGUCUGUCUGUUACCUUUUGGGACAAGAUUGCAGGUCCUAUUAUACAUGGGGCUACAAAAGAUGCUCAUCCUUCUGAGCAUGUUGCUAAUGCUAGACCAGCUUCUGCUAAGCCUAUUGCUAACAUUGAGGAAAGUCCUGCAAAUGAUGAUCCUUUGGGUGAAGCUGCAGAAGAUGAUCCUUGGGGUCUCUCAAUCCUAGCGAGUUUCAAAUAA